AUGAUGACCAACAGACUACUUGAAAAAGACCAAAUCCGUAUGAUAGUCAGAAAUCUGCAUGGAAAGAUGUUACAAAAAAUGAUAGUCCUCCCGCUCUUCACUUUUAAUGACUUAAAUGAGAUAGGGGUCCAGAUAGAGGAUGCCAUCAAACAGGGAAUCAUUGUGGAAGAUAAGGAACCUGUUCGGAAGCCUUUUGGUCGCAGUUCCAAUGUUACCGCCAGUGGUAGCAUAGCUAUGAAGCCCUCUGAAAUCAACAUGGUUGCCACCACCACUAAAAUAGCCGACCCCUUUGCUCAUGCUGGCCCGCAAAACACAACUCGAGCCCCAAGCAGAACAUUCACCCCUCUCUAUAUGUCACUCUCUAUAGCAAUGAACAUCUUGACAAAAAGAGGGUAUUUGAAGCCUUUGGACCCUCGACCUCUUCCCGAACCUCUCCCAGCCAAACAUGACCCUACCAAACACUGUGCUUUCCACCAACAACCAGGACAUGACACAGACCGUUGCGUUUGUCUCCGUCAUGAGAUCCAAGAUCUCAUAGACAAUAAAGUCAUAACUCCCCCACAACCGCCAAAACCCAACGUCACUACCAACCCGUUGCCACCCCAUGACAGAGUUCCAUCACCUCCUCAUCUUAACCUCAUCCAUACACUUUCAUCCACCUUUAACCCCAGUAUCUAUAUCACACCUACCCAUUUACCAAAACCUGAGGUAUAUAUUCCUGAAGGCACUGAGUUAUGCAUGAUGGAUGCACCUCCAACCCAACCAAAACCCAAAAACCUUAUGGUGGUAGUACCUAUGCUUGAGGCUGGUAAACUAUCAGAGAAAAAGUAUGAUCCUAGCCGGUAUAUUAUUCCCCGUGGUAAACUAAAGCUUAAGGUUGAUCUGGCUGACUCAUUUUCUAUCAAUGUUGUCAGAGAUGAUGUACUUGAACAGGGGUUGAAUGAUUUGGCCAACCUAGAGGAGGACUUGGCUAAUCUUCAUUUCUUGAUUUCAGAAAACCUGUUGAAUGUGGUAAAUGAAAGAGUUGCAGAGGAAGAGAAGAAGAACCAGAAAUUCAACGAAAUCGAUCAUUUGACCAGGAGUGGGCGCUACUUCAAGCCUCCACAUCUAGACCAAGGAGAGCCCUCUGGCAAAGAUAAAGAGGUAAAGAAAGAGAAAGAUAAAGGAAAAGAGAAAGAGGAAGAAGAAGACCUGGUUCUAAAACAACUAAAAAAGAUCCAAGCAAACAUUUCCAUUUGGGGUCUUCUCAUGGCCUCCCGAGAACAUCGACAGGCAAUGUUGUCAAUUUUGAGCCAGGCUAAGCUGUCAAUUGACACCACUCCCGAGCAAUUAGUGUCAUUAAUCACCCCGAGAGAAGCAAUCCCGGCAAUAACUUUUGCUGACAAAGAGUUGCCACAAGAAGGAUCGGGACAUAAUAAGCCUCUGUACGUAUCACUGGAAUGCUGA